CUUGGACCAUUUUGCACUCGUGGACUGCGAUCUCGGAAUUCUUUCUUUCUCCAUCUCGCCGGGAGCGCUUUAUCGUCUGCUCUGCUUCUUCAGUCUCCGGAUAGCGAAAGUGAAGCUCGCAACUGGCGACCGUUUGUUCAACAGGCGGAGUUGCAUCUACAUUUCCUGGAAGUAUGCUUUCCAUGCGAUACUCGCUGUCCCCAUGGCUUGUCAAGACUUACCAGAGCUCCGUUAAACUCCCACCAGUAGCAUUGCCAUCCAAACGUAGUUCACUUGCCUCAGUAUGCUGCUACUGUUCCAAUUUGUCCCCGUUAGCUGCUACUCAUGUUCAUACUGUGUCAAGCCCAAGUCAGGACCACCAUUCCUCCGCUGAAAAGUGGGAACCUUUCCGUAAGAAGAAGGUUGUUCUGCGAGUGGGCUAUGUUGGUACCAAUUACAGAGGUCUCCAGAAGCAAUACGAUGAGCAUUCAUUGUCUACCAUUGAAUCAGAGCUGGAAGAUGCCAUAUUUAAAGCUGGCGGGAUUCGUGAGAGCAAUUAUGGGCAUUUAAGCAAAAUUGGAUGGGCUCGAAGCAGCCGCACAGAUAAAGGAGUCCAUUCGUUGGCUACAACAAUUUCGAUGAAACUGGAGAUACCAGAGAAUGCAUGGAAGGAGGAUCCUUAUGGCAUUGUUCUUGCUAGGACGGUUAACUCUAAUCUUCCAGACAGUAUCAGAAUUUUCAGCAUUCUACCUGCUCAGAAAAGCUUUGAUCCUAGAAUGGAGUGUGAUUUGAGGAAAUAUUCGUACCUUCUUCCCGCUGAGAUUAUUGGUAUCAAAAGCUUAUCUGCUAUGGCUGAAAUUAAUGAGCACAUAGCAGACUUCAGGAAGAUGCUAAAUACCUUUGAGGGAGAUCAUCCUUUUCAUAACUAUACGGUCCGGGCAAAAUACAGGAGAAAAAGUCGUCGAAGCAGACCUCCUGAAAAAAUUGGCCAUUUCUCAGAAGGAGACCGAUCAUCUAUUCAGAUGCUAGCCUCCGAUAGUGACCAGGAGAGCGAUGAUGAAGAAGAAGAAAUGCUACCCGUUGAUGGCAAUGUUCCUUUAGAUCACUCUGAAGCAGUUACUGAUCAAAGUGGUGAUCCGUUGAAGGAUCAAAGCUCAAGUGUUGCUGUCCGUGCAAGAUGGCUACACGAACCGGAUGUGAGAGACAGAAUAGGUGCUCCACACUUCAGAAGGAUUAUUCACUGUUCAUGCGGAGAGCUGGAGAAAUCAUCUGGACAUGACUUUGUUGAGAUUUCUAUAUGGGGGGAGUCAUUCAUGCUUCACCAGAUCCGGAAAAUGGUUGGAACUGCAGUAGCAGUAAAACGUGGGCUGCUCCCAAAGGACAUCUUAACAUUGUCACUGGCAAAAUUUUCAAGGAUUGUACUGCCGCUUGCUCCUUCAGAAGUUCUGAUUUUGAGGGGAAGCAAUUACUCGCUGAAGAGAAAAGCUCGAGAAGGGACACGGCCCGAGAUGCAGGCAUUGGCCGAAUCAGAAGAAAUUCAAAGGGGAGUCGAUGAAUUCUACAUUAGCAAAAUGUUGCCCCAAGUGUCUCAGUUUUUGGAUCCAUCUAGGUCCCCUUGGCUGGAAUGGGUGGAGAAGCUGGAUGAACACACGCCUAUCCCCGAUGCAGAAUUAGAUCAAGUUAGGAGCGCCUGGAAGGCAUGGAAGGAGAGCUAUCCCGGUAGACCCAGCAUUGGUUCUGAGAACUUGUAAACCCAAUUGAACCGGGGAAAGGGUCUUGUGAAUGUCAGCAUUUCCUUUCCUUCUGCUAGACACGGUUAUUUCACACGAAGUGCCAUUGUGAUUCUGCUCUGGUACGCUUCAUAACUCUUACAUGUGCUAUUGGUGUGCAGCAUUUCAGGAGUUCUGGCAUGCCCGGGUUUUAACUGUGAUUAGACUUAUGGCCGCCCAAGCGAAUUUUUGCAGUUGUGAUGCUGCUACUCAUGUGGAAGAUAGAGGAGAAGCGUAAGCUACUUCUAUACCAAUUCCAUUUGAUAGAGACAGCAGCAGUUGAGUGUUAAUUUUGUGGGCAUGGACGGUCGCAGACCUGUGCUAUUAAGAACACUGACCCCUUUGCCUUGACACUUGAACGCUCCCAUGACUCACUCGGUGGCAUUUUGGCAUGCAUACCGAAUUUCCACCUAAUUCACUUUUUGUCACUUAAUUAAGAUGGACAAUUUUCAAGUCCUUUGUCUGUACUACAGAAAUUGUAUUAGGUACACAUCCUUUCAUUAGUUUUAACGAACACAUCCGUGUAUCGUGUAUCACUUAUCCAUUUCUAGAUUGUGUAUUUCUUGUCCAAAUUGGUUACAACUUACAAAUA